GGCAUGAUAUCGUCUGGCGUGUGAUAUAGAAGGGCAAGUGUGUGUGUGUAUGUGUCACUGUGCGCCAACCAUUUCGAAAAUGGCGUUUCUCCCUCGCAUCAACAUGCCAAGGACGUUCCCUUCUUACGCUGCUGAUACUGCUUCUGGGUUUUCCCUCUCACGCCAUCGUUCUCUCUUCUCUAAUCCUUAUUUGAAACCUACUUUUCACUCUCCUUGCCAUCUUCAUCUCUCAUUUCCAGGGUGUACUGCACAACCAUAUACCUUCUGUUGCCGUCGUUACGCCACGAAUCCCGAUUAUCCGCCUCCAGAACCUGAACCACCUUUCGACAAUGAUCUCACGUCAACCGCAGGUCUUGAUGCUACUUUCUCUAGGUUCCAGGACCGAGUGCAGAUCUUUUUGGCUGUUCUUUUCUGGAUGUCACUAUUUUUCUGGGCUUGUGCAUGGGGUGAGAGGAAUGAUGGAAGACCCAGUAAGGGAUCUCGAUUUAGAAGAUAAUUUUUGUGGUAUCGAGUGUGACCUCAAUUAGAGCUGAUUGGAGGGCAAAGAUCCACGUAGCCGACCUCAUUUAGCUGGGAUAAGGCUGAGUAGUAGUAAUUGUUGUUUUUGUAAAUAAUUAGAUAUAUAUGAGUAUUAGCAUAUACAUAAAGAGUAUUUGAACGUGUUCUGAAGUCUUGCCUUUGUAUGGUCCUUCAAAAUAUCAGUUGGGGUAAUGAACAUCUUUGUAUGACAUUGUUGUGAAUCAAAUUUCCAAGAUUUAGAUGUUCCAAA